AUGAACGAUCUUCACCAAUCUCUCCCUUCCCAAGCUGACGUUAUCCCAGAUCAGCUCGUCUUUCCUCCAUUCCUGUCAGUCCCGCCUAUCAUAAAUCUCAAACCUAUCUCAAAGUGGAACGACUACGGGUUAUGGCUCCCCAAGACUGUGAGGACUGACGAGACCGAUCAAGCCUCAACAUUUCAAGCGAGUCCAUGCGAUAGUACCGACACUCCUCUGAUCUCAGUCGGACAUCCUUUUGCUGGUCUUUCCUUCGAAGAGAAAGAGGAAGCGAGGCGAAGCAAAAGAAGAGAAGCUGAUCACAGGAAGAAGGACGCGGCUGGAAGACCAGGUUUUCGCGUCGCCAAAGAGGAAUGUUGGCUCAUCGGACAUGAUCCCAACUGGAAAGAACCUGAAGGAAGUAGUAAAUCGGAUUAUGACGAAGCGAUACCACCUUUCUCACGAUUACUUUCCGCCACUAGAGACUUUGAAUACUCAAGACAAGCUGAAUUCCAAUUCACUAGAAGCAAGCGGCUGUUCCAAUUGAUUCGCAAUGCUUUCGGUCUGCGAAGCUCAUUUCAAGGCAGACACUGGUCUGGAUCUGGUCCUCACGGCUACGAAUAUAUUGCUCCGACAUCGCAUGCGAGCAGAGGCAACGAGUACGCCCCUUUUGAAACCGACUCUGGUCCGGACGUAGACGAGGUCUGCAUUCUCCUCACGGAUCCAGAAACCUGUGUUCGUGGGCUUCUUGCUUUGGCCCGACGAGAGGCCGAGGCUGGAUGGGAUUUCGAACCUGCACAUAAGUUUACAGUCAUCACUGCCGCAUUCUUAUCCUUCCUCGUACACUACGAUGUGCUGCCUGAACCCGCAUUGCAAGCUUCUCUGAGAAAAGCUUGUGACAUCGCUCGUUCUGCACCACAAGCUCUACUCGAUGCCAAGGCGUUGGAAGACGUGUUGAGCUCUGGUACCGGCUGGAAUCGUGCCAAUUGGACAAUGUUUGGCGGAUCGUGGGGUGGAGCAGAGCGAGGAGGGUUGGAGAAAAGCUCAAUUAGCUGGGGUAAACAGAAUGCCAAUCAAGAACCUUCGGAAGGGGUUGCAGAUGACGGUGGAUGGUCUGUGAGCAAGAUCUUUGAUGAUCGUCCUGUCGCUUUGACCAAAGAAGAGGCGCCUUGGACUGCCAAAGAGAAAUGGCGAACGCAUAAUCGAAUCAAUACGGACGACUCGUACGACGACGAGGAAUACUCGGCAAAUGAUGAUUCUAAUCCACUGGAUCAAGAAGUCGCGACGGUGGAUAAGCCCGAUCGCCUCAUCAUUUGGGUUGAGGAUCUUGGUGAAGAUCCCUCCCUCGUCGACAAAAUGGUCGGAAUGGGGCUUCGAGGUCGAUGGGGUCUUAUGGGCUACAAAAACGGUUCCGAGAGCGACUUUACCCAAUGGUGGGCUUUCAAGGCUAAAGAUUAUGUACUGCCUUCCUUCUGGUCUCCUUCUUCGAGUACUGCUAGCUAG